AUGGAUAACAUACGGAAGGUGCGGUUCUGCGGCGGGAGGAGCUGGUUCCGGCUUCCGAACGGAGGAGCCUUCAGUCGAGCUGGAUUCCACUACUUAGAGUGUGGGAAGGGCUUUGCUCGGUCAUCCCACUUGCAGGCACACCAGCGAGUUCACACCUGGGAGAGGCCAUUCUUCUGCUCAACGUGUGGGAAAGAAUUUACUCAGUUAUCCUACCUUACAAGGCACCAGUGGGUUCACACUGGGGAGGGGCCAUAUACCUGCUCUGAGUGCGGGAAGGGAUUCACUCGGUCGUCCCAUUUGCUGAAGCACCAGAGAGUUCACACUGGGGAGAGGCCGUAUACCUGCUCCGAGUGUGGGAAGGGAUUCACUCAUUCGUCCAAUUUGCUGACACACCAGAGCGUUCACACUGGGGAGAAGCCGUUCAUCUGCUCAACGUGUGGGAAAGCAUUCAAUCAGUUAUCCAACCUGAUGAUGCACCAGCGAGUUCACACUGGGGAGAGGCCGUUCUGCUGCUCAACGUGUGGGAAAGGAUUUACUCAGUUAUCCCACCUUACAAGGCACAAGCGAGUUCACACUGGGGAGAGGCCGUACACCUGCUCACAGUGCGGGAAGGGAUUCACUCGGUCGUCCCAUUUGCUGAGGCGCCAGCAGGUUCACACCGGGGAGAGGCCGUUCAACUGCUUGAUGUGCGGGAAGGGAUUCACUUGGUCGUCUGAGCUGCUGAUACACCAGAUAGUUCACACUUGGAAGAGGCCGUUCAUCUGCUCAACAUGCGGGAAGGGAUUCACUCAGUCGUCUCAGCUGCUGAGACACCAGUGGGUUCACACUGGGGAGAAGCCGUACACCUGCUCCGAGUGUCGGAAGGGAUUCACUGAUUUGUCCAAUUUUUUGAGACACCAGCGAGUUCACACUGGGGAGAAGCCAUUCACCUGCUCUGAGUGCCGGAAGGCAUUCCGUUGGUCAUCUGACCUGCUGAAACACCAGCAAAUCCACACUGCGGAGAAAGAUUAAACAUGCUGUAUGCUGAAUUUCCAACCAUCACGGCACUGAAAUCUAGCGCAAAUUCACAAGUGUUGCAGGUGUUCAUGGGGGUCGGAUUCUCUCGACACUGCUGAUCUCGCCCAGGAUUGAACCCUGGUCAUUGGGCACAGUUGAUUUUCUUUUGUAAUCUCUUUCACUGAGUUAGAGUUCAAUGUUCUGGA